UUUUUUUUUUUUUUUUUAUGUUGGUACUUUUGGCACUAAUAUUGUCAUUUGUGCCAAAAGUACAAAUUUACUUAAUUUUUUUUUCUUCAUGUUGGUACUUUUGGCACUAAUAGUGUCAAAUGUACCUAACCCGCGCGCAAACCCGAAUUCGGUCCACCCUAAUUAAGGGCAAAAUAGUUCUAAGACGUAAAAAAUAACCAAAAUUUGUAUUUUUUAAAUGGAUGACCAAAUAUUGAAUUUCAUUGCUCAAUAUGGCUAUCUCACAAGUUGACUUCGAAUACAAUUUCAACAAUAAAUAUGGGUUAAACAUGAAUAGGUAGUUAUAUUUUGUUUCCUUUUUUCUCUUCAUAUUUAUAGUUUUAUUUCUUUCCUAAAAUUUUGAAAUUGAGCUAAUUAUAAAAUAUUGGAUAAUAUCAAUUAUUAUUAUUAUUAUUAUUAUUAUUAUUAUUAUUAUUAUUAUUAUUAUUAUUAUUAUUAUGAAUUCUUCUUUAUUUUUUAUUUCUUUUAUAUUCAGCUCAAUAUUUAUAUAGGUUAAAUGCAAGUAAUAUUACCAACUUUGACCAAAAUACAUUUUGCCCACAAACUUUAAAAAUUUAAUUUUUCAUCACAGACUUUCAUAUUUGUUCAAUUUCCCACCGUUCUCAUUUUCGGUGACUGUCAAAUUAAUGUCGCAAUAAUGUAAAUUUACUUUUACACGUAACACUAACGUGGAUUCAAUAUACUCUAAUUAAUCCUUAAAAUCAUAAUAAUCUUAAAUCCCUAAAUCACACGGUACCUAAUCCCUAAAAUCACACCUAAAGCUUCUACCUUCACUCCACGCUACUCGCUGAAAGCCAUUGACUUCUCUUCACGCUCCUCGGCGACGACAACACCCUCCAAGCUGUGUUCUUCCUCUAUGCGUCUUCUCUGCAUUCUUCUUCCUCGAAGUUGCAUUCUUCCUCUCUGCGUCUUCUUCCUCCAAGUCACGUUCUUCCUUCAAAACAUCUUAUAUUCUUCUCGCUUGGAUGAAGAAGGAAAAAACUGAAGAACGUUGUAGAACGCGAGGAUGAAAAAGGAGAAUGAGAAAAACAUUUAGCUGCUUGCAAAACAGGUGGAUGAAAUGAGGAAGAAGGAGAAGAAUUUUCUCUGGUUGCAAACAUGAGCAUAAAGAAUUGUAAUUUAGGGUUUUGUUUUUUUCAAUUAUAGGGAUUUAAUCACGAAUGAGUACAAAACGACGUAGUUUCAUACAAGAAUCAAACGCUGCUAUAAGUCACCAGACAACAACAAAUGCGGCGCGUGCCGGCGAGCCACAUCAGCGCCACAUUAAUUUUGAGAAGGGAAAAAUGAAAACGGUGGGAAAAUUAAACAAAUAUGAAAGUUUGUGAAAUUACAUAUAUUUAACCCUGUGUAUAUACUUUAUUUUUCUAUAUUUAAUAGACAUUAACUUAAUUAUCAUAUGAAAAAUUAUAAUCCCGUGUAUUACUCUUGCAGAAAUGCUGGUUAUUCAUUUAAAUCACUAAAUUUGAAUGUCACAAGACAUUUGGUUGAUAUAUCACAUAUGUCGGCCCAAUAAAAUGCUAGUGUGUGGUCAUCAAAGGUUACUUGUUGCAUUUGUGGAUCGUCAUCUGAAGAAUGAGACGAAAACUAAAGCAAGAAAGAAGCAGGUGCAGAAUCAACUUUUCGAAUCCAAAUAUGUUCUUUUCACUUUCUACACUUUUAAUCUUGCGCUCAACAAAAUCAUCAUCACUAAGGCUGGUCUUCACUCUAAAUACGCGAUGAGAAAAAUAAAAUUGUUUUCAAGGAAUAUUGUGAUGAAGAAGUAAGUUUCAAGAAACUGUAUGGUUUUGAUGUUGGUUUUGUGUUAAUGCAUCACAUCUUUCCGCAAUUAGCAUUAGCGGUGGAAAUAACUCACGGUCCCAACAGAACAUAUUCGGCAACGAAGUGUGUAAUAAAAAACAAGAAAUCAUUGCUGCAUCAAUCUCACUAUAGCCUAUAAAUAGAGCAUUUCUACCAAUCCAAAAACAUAUAUUACAAUCACAAGCAGUGAGAUAUAAGAAAAUCUAUAUCAAGAUGGGAGCCAAUGUUUCAACAGCUUAUGACGCCCAAGGCUCGCCAAGACAGAGGUCACUGGCGCCGUCGCAGCCGCCAGCCAAGAAGGGCCAGCUCAUCGCAUUCCACUCCUCAGCAAAGUGGAAACUCCAUUUCGAAGCAGCCAAGCAGACUUCAAAACUGAUCGUCGUCGACUUCACCGCCUCGUGGUGCGGGCCGUGUAAGCAGAUUCUCCCUGCGAUCAACGAGUUCGCCGAGAAAUACGCAGACGUCGAUUUCAUCAAGAUCGACGUCGACGAGUUAGAUGACGUGGCUGAGGAAUAUGGGGUUCAAGCAAUGCCGACUUUCAUACUAAUAAAGAAAGGAAAACAAGUGGAUAAGAUUGUGGGGGCCAAGAAAGAUGAUCUUCAAAACAAGAUUGAGAAACACAGAUUCUAAAUUUCUAAUAGCUAGAAUAAGCAUCGAUACCUUUGGACUUAUUGCUGUUGAGAUUUUAGUAUUUUUAUUGCUGCAAUAAUCUUGGUUCACAAUCAUAAACUAGUUAUUGGUUUUUUCUCUAUGAUGAGAGAUGUUGUAAAACAUAUGAAGAAAAUAAUUUCCAUUUAAAAAGGCAUUAUUAUUAUGUUACA